AUGGGCGCUGCAAUCAAUUGGGAGACUUGUAGUGACAAUCUACACGAACUAGGUGAAUGUGUACCCUUUCUUAAUAUAGCCUAUUUUGAGCACAACGCCACUAGCCCGACGGACGAGACUACAACGAUAAUCGUGAUCGGAGCAACCAUCGUCCAUGGCCGGAAUGCUGUUGGAGAUCGAGGUACUGUAAUAGUCGAGGAUCUGUACGUGGCCGAAGAGCACUGCGCGGAAGAGGACGUGUACGUGGUAGAGGAUCAGUACAUGGCCGUGGAGCUGUACGUAGCAGAAGAGCUGUGCGUGGUCGAGCAGAUGUACAUGGCCGUCGAGCUCGUUUGUGCUCGUCGCGAUGGCGUAGUUCCAGACAACAGUGGGUCUCAAGACGAACUACUUCAGCACGAAUGGUUUACCCGGCCCCAAAGUCCAACGGAGUGUAGAUAUGCAGACUUGCUCAAGUUUGUCAUUGGUGAUGAAAACUUCAACGCCUUUGAAUACGUUGGUGACAAUGGUGCGAACGCAGAAACCAUGGACAUCCAGUUCAUGGAUACGGUGUAAAUCACGGCUCCACUCAGCAUCCACCCUUUCACGGAUGGCGAGGCUCCGUGAGAACUGGUAUAACCAUCAUUUGUUUUACAUAUGUGUGCCGUUGAGAGGUUUUCCCUCACUCCUGCCAACAACAAAAUAUUAUGUGCUCG